AUGUCAACCUCAAUUACAAAAAUCGAUGAUGAAAGUGACCACAACGCUACGUACGAAAUCUAUCAAAAUCCAAGCAGAUCAUCAAACAUACCCAACGACAUAAUUGAAAUUUUUGAAUACUUAAGUACAAAUUCUAAAAUCGUAUUUAAAUCACAGCCACGAACUGAACCUGAACUUUUGCUAAAUGAAAAAGUGAAAUUGGCUCAAGAUAUCUAUGAACGCAAUCCACAAACCUUCCUAGUUCAGUUCGGUAUGUACUUACAAGAAAACCAUUUGCAGAACUUUGCCCGCCUCGCUAUAGCUCAAAGUGACCAAGAAUUACAUCACAUUAUCCGAGAUUAUCAAACAAAAUUAAAAACGCGUCAACAAGAUAUCAAGAACCGUCGAUAUGCUGCCUUACAAAAACUUAUAAAAGAAGGAGAGCAUUUUAGCGAGCAGGAAAUGAUGAAAAGAGCUCCAGAGUUAUAUCAAGAAUUGGUGGGUCACUACCUGAGUUUGGCGGAGAUAAAAGAACGUUAUAGUUAUGAUGUACGCAAUACAAACUUUUCGGGUAUAUUAAUACACACCUUGGAAUGUAAAGAAUUAAGCGAAGUACUAGAAAAAGCAGCUUUUAUCAUUACCAGUUCUUAA